AUGACGGAUGAUGAUAUGCUGGAAUUCUAUAUAGCUUAUCACUUCUAUUCAAUCGCACUUAUUCCACCAAAGUCCUACUACACAACGACUAUUCCCAAAAACAUGGCCGCAGCCAUCCCAACUCAGAUUUACAGCCUCCCGCUCUUCAUCACCCCCGAGAUAUGUAGAGGACGCACCUACAUCGUUACAGGCGCUAACGCAGGCCUUGGAUUCGAAGCCGCUAAACAUCUUGUUCGCCUGGGAUCUGCAAUCGUCAUCAUGGGAGUGCGCAAUCUCUCCUAUGGCCACCGCGCUCUCGCUGAUAUUGAAUCCUCCACCGAGAUCUCUGGUGUGGCCCAAGUAUGGGAGCUGGAUUUAUCUUCUUACAAUUCUGUUACUGCAUUUACGAAAAGGGCGAUCGAGAAACUGGAUAGAGUCGAUGCAGUGAUUCAGAAUGCCGGAGUAGCGACUUUUGCUGCUCCCAAAAUUGAAGGAGAUUGCAGAGCAGAGCAGAGCACGACCUUGACGCAUUUGGUAAUUGUAACGAGUAGAGCCUGUUUUGAUUUUGAAGAAGAUUGGAUGAAAAUCAAGGACAAUCCAAUUGCAAAAUUGGACGAGGAAGAAAUGAUCACUCUGAAAGCGUAUCCGCUUUCUAAGCUCUUUGAAGUGAUGUCAAUUCGUCAUAUUACCAGUCUCCUUCCUGUUUCCCGCUCCGGAGCUGUCAUAAAUCUGGUCUGUCCUGGCCUCUGUAAAACUGAUCUCGGUCGCAGCGUUCCUCCUGGGUUUUGUGAGAAGCUAGCUAAGCAAAAAGAGCAAUAUGGACGGACGGCCGAGGAUGGUAGUCGAACACUAUUGUACGGUGCUGUUGCGGGUGAAGAGAGUCAUGGGUCUUUGUUGGAUUCUUGUACCAUUGCUGAAAAAGAAGUGCCAAGUUGGAUAACGGACGAGGAAAUAAAGAAGUCGCAAAAGCUUGUUUGGGAUGCUAUUGCAAGGGAACUAGAGACCAUUGAACCCGGAUGCGUAGAGAGAAUCUUGCAGGGGUGA